AUUAAGAAAAGUUUUAUUUAUUUUAAUUUAGUUUCGCCUGCUGUGUUACAUAAAAAAUAUUUCGAACGCUCGAAACAUAGAUAACUUGUUGCCUACUGUGUAUUGAAAGUAGGCUGUUUGUUGUGAUGAGGCGAUGUAUCAUUGCGCAUGUGUGUACCUAUGACUUGUGUAGUUGUUUACAUAGUCAUGGCAGCUGUCUUAUACAAGUCUUCGAAUUUCUUGAGGGGGCUGUCAUGGCUUGCUAAGAGGUAUUAUUCAGAGCAGCUGUUCCCCAAAAUAACAACACACUACACUGUAGUUCCAAGGGAAACGGAUUCAAGAUGGAAAGACGUGAACAUGGAGAGGUAUGUCGAUGAGACAGAUGUGUUGAUCGUUGGUGGUGGCCCAGCCGGUAUGUCAGCAGCCAUCCGGUUGAAGCAACUGGCAGAGCAGAAUUCCAAGGAAUUGAGAGUGUGCCUUGUGGAAAAAUCUGCAGAGAUAGGAGGCCACAUUUUGUCUGGUGCCUGUAUAGACCCAGUAGCACUGAAUGAACUAAUUCCAGACUGGAAGGAUAAGGGCGCACCCCUGAAUACUCCAGUCACAACGGAUAGGUUUGGUUUCCUUACAGAGACCUCAAGGAUACCUGUUCCUAUUCUCCCAGGUUUCCCUUUACAGAACCAUGGCAACUACGUGGUUCGGCUUGGUCACGUAGUGCGGUGGCUGGGUGAACAGGCCGAAGCGCUCGGAGUAGAGAUGUACCCUGGCUAUGCGGCUUCAGAUGUGUUGUAUCACGAAGACGGCAGUGUGAAGGGGGUCGCCACAAAUGAUGUCGGCAUUGCCAAGGACGGGUCCCCGAAGGGUAAUUUUGAGAGGGGUAUGGAGCUGCAUGCCAAGUGUACAAUAUUUGCAGAAGGCUGCCACGGUCACCUAGCAAAGCAGCUGUUCCAGAGAUUCAAACUCCGAGAGAAGUGCGAACCACAGACGUAUGGUAUUGGACUGAAAGAAGUGUGGGAAGUCGAUUCAAGCAAGCACAAACCGGGCACUGUCGAACACACUGUGGGAUGGCCGCUGGAUCGCCGUACAUAUGGAGGGUCAUUCUUAUACCACUUGAAUGAGCCGACACCCAUGGUAGCCGUGGGAUUUGCAAUAGGGCUGGAUUACUCAAACCCUUAUAUAAGUCCGUUCAGAGAAUUCCAGAGAUUCAAGCACCAUCCAUCAGUCAAACCAGUAUUUGAGGGAGGGAAGAGGAUAGCGUAUGGCGCCCGUGCUCUGAAUGAAGGGGGCUUGCAGUCGAUACCCAAGCUGACUUUUCCCGGAGGAUGCAUAAUUGGCUGUAGCGCCGGUUUCCUCAAUGUGCCAAAAGUUAAGGGAACCCACAACGCGAUGAAAAGCGGGAUGCUCGCUGCCGAAAGCGCCUUCGAGGCCGUUACCGAUGACAGUUCAAAGUCCGAGACGACAGCACCAGAGCCAAAAACUUACGAGGACAAAAUAAGAAAUAGUUGGAUUUGGUCAGAGUUGAAGAGCGUGAGAAAUGUCCGUCCAUCGUUCCACAAUCCGCUCGGACUUUAUGGAGGCCUCCUGUAUUCUGGUAUUAGUAUGCUGAUCCGGGGAAGGGAACCGUGGACGCUCAGCCACGGCGAUCCUGAUUAUAAAAGACUGAAGCCUGCGUCUGAAUGCAGUCCUAUUAACUAUCCGAAGCCUGACGGCGUGAUCAGCUUUGACCUCCUUAACUCUGUGGCUCUGACAGGGACUAACCACGAGGGUGACCAACCUCCUCAUCUGACACUCAAGGAUGAUGCAGUGCCUGUGAAAAGAAAUCUGGCUCUGUUUGAUGGACCAGAAGCAAGAUUCUGCCCUGCUGGUGUCUAUGAGUUUGUGCCCCAUGAAGACAGUUCGGGCCAACGACUGCAGAUCAACGCCCAGAACUGUAUACACUGCAAGACGUGUGACAUCAAGGAUCCCAGUCAGAAUAUCAAUUGGGUAGUGCCAGAAGGCGGGGGAGGGCCUGCCUACAAUGGCAUGUGAAUCUCAGUCAGAAUGGCGGAAGUGUUGACCGAUUGGAAUUGUGGGUCUCUUUUACUGUCCCGUGCGUUGCCGUCAGAUUAGGAAUUUUUUGGGUAAGACAAACCCUUCAUAUUAUAGUACAGUAUUUAUCAGCGUCAUUUUAUAAUGAGAGCUGAAUAAUCUAAUCUGUUGAACUGCGUUACCCUACGUAAUUAAGGCCGAUGAACCCAUGCCAUUUGCUUAAGAAUACGACGUGAACAGAGAAACGCUGAGAUUUGUUUUUUGUGAGUUUCUGAUUAGAGGUUUGAAUUUACUAAACGUUUGUCACGUGACCAAAAGAAACAAGGCACAUACGAGAUCUGCGCACUAACUACAAUGGUCAUGAGUUUUUCGUCUCUCAGUAGUAGCUUUGUUUGACAAGUUUAAUUCUGUUCAAUAUAAUGGAUUGAGAUUUUAAUAUUUUGCGACAUAUUACGUGCGUUGAGUCAUUAAAAUCAAGUUAUCAUCGUCGUUGGAAUACGAAGAAUGAACAAACUAAUGUUAUUAAAAAAUUAUGAUUUAUGAAUUAA